GAGGAGGUGGAGACCGUGGUCUUCAAACUCAAAAGAUUAGACAACAGUAAUUAGAUACAGAAAUUGGAAUGAAAAAGAAGAGGAGGAGCGAGAACUUUGUUGUGUGUUAAGUCUGUGACUCCCGGGAAAUGGCCAGAGUCCGUUGGAGAGUGACCGAGUUUCCUCGGCGACUGGUUUCCAGAUGUAAAGCCCUGGUUUCCUGGCUGAUCCUUCUACGACAGACUCUGUUCUAUAAUGAGUUCACCUCCUACAUGGUUGGACUGGAAACAGCAGCUGAGCCAAUGUUUUGGACUGUUGACAAAUUUUCCAAAUACUUUGGACCAAUUUUUAUGAUACUGGUUGUCUGUCUGACUACAUCUGUGGUCGUCAUCUUCUACAUCUGCCUCCUGCCCCAUGUCUACCAACAAAGUCUCAGUAAAACCAUAUUCCAUCUUAUUUUUGGACAUUGGCUCCUUGUGAAUAUCGUGUUUAAUUAUGUAAUGGCUGUUUUCACAGACCCUGGGCAUCCACCAAGAGAGAUUCCAGAAACGGUUUCUAUAUGUAAGAAGUGUAUAUCCCCAAAGCCUCCACGAGCCCAUCACUGCAGUAUUUGUGACAAGUGUGUACUAAAAAUGGACCACCAUUGCCCUUGGAUAAACAAUUGUGUCGGGUUCUACAACCAUCGCUACUUCUUCCAGUUUUGUAUUUUUAUGUUGUCAGGGACCAUUUAUGUCUGUGUGACAGGAGUCGACUUGUUCAAACAGCAUUUUUAUGGUGACAAGUAUUAUCCCUUCCCUGCUGUUCUGUAUCCACUCAAUAUGGCUUAUGACAUUAUGUAUGGAGACCAUAAUAAACCAUUCCUGGGAGGUAUAGCAGCUGUACCAGUUAACUCCUCUUUCAACAAGAAUCACGGAGGUCAGCACCAGCCAGGGGUGGAUCUAGAAGUUGACAUGAGGAAUCAGCAUUACCACACGGCUGUGGUAUAUGAGUUUGUUCUCUGCUCUGCCGUGGUGAUUGCUCUCUUACUAUUGGUGUGUUGGCACGUCAGAAUGAUCAGUCUGGGGGAGACAAAUAUAGAAGUGUACAUCAACAGGAAGGAAGUCAGCAGGCUGAAAAAGUUAGGACUGGUGUAUACCAACCCUUACCAUUAUGGAUUUUUCAAAAACUGGCAGAUAUUUUUUGGACUUGGAAAGGGGAGGACAUUUUUGAAGAAUGUUCUUUUCCCUUCCACCCAUACACCGUGUGGUGAUGGACUUACAUUCCCUCGAGUCCCAAACAAGGGACCGAGAGAAGACAAAGACAGAGGCCUGAUGCUGUUAUGACAAAAGUGGUCAGACUAGUAAACUACCCUCAACUACAAUUAUCAGUAUCCUUCAGAUUAAGGGCCUCUAAGACUGAAGGUGCUAAAAGAGUUCUACAAAAAGGGCACCACUCUUGAAUACAUUUUUAAUUUUAUCUAUGCUGAAAUACAAUAUAGUUCUGUCAAAUUCAAUAACAAUGUCAAUUUGGUUAAGAAUUUGUCUUUUGUAAUGAGUAAAAAAAAAAUGAAAAAAGGUGCUAAAUUUAUUUAUUUUUUUUUUUUGAAAUUUACAAUUAUUUUUUAUAUUAAAGUAGUUAAAUCAGUUUUAUGUGUUUGAUUAUAAAGGUUGUUCGGCUACCAUAAACUCUGGAGCUAGCCUGUAGGGAAUUUUUUUUAUUGUCAAAGCAUAUUUUGUUGAAUAAAUUCAAUAAGGAUUUUAAAAGUUAACAGAGAAAGAAUAUUUAUACCCUCUACAUGUGAAAAAGGUCAAGACAAAGAUGAGAAAAAAAAAAUUAUACAUGAUUAGUUUGAAAAUAACCCUUUGAUAAGAGAUAUAACUCUUCCUGGGAUAAAUCAAUAAGAUAUCUUUCUAAAGAUUUCUGGUUAAUUUUUAAAUUUGUGUGUAAAUUGAAAUUUUGUGUGUAAAUUUUGUAAUCAUAUUUUAUAGGUUUUCUUUUGGAAAACCAUUGGUUGUUAAAAGGCCAUUUCCUUCAAAUGUUUUGCCACAAUGAAUGCUGAAUAUUUGUGUCAUUAUAUUUUAAGAUUUCUUUUCGAAAAUCAUGAGUGUUUAAAAAAAAUUGUAAAUGAGUGAACAGAGGAAAGUUGAACCUGAACAUUUACACAAUCAAAGUAUAACUCAUCAGUAUAGGUAUAAUGGAGAAUGGUAUAAUAUAGUCGAACCUUGAUAUCUUGAAGUCGAUGAGCCUCUACGUUUACACAAUCAAGUUUUACUCAUCAGUACAAGUAUAAUAGUGAAAUGGUAUAAUAUAGUUGAACCUUGAUAUCUUGAACUCAACGGAACAAGGAAAAACUUCAAGAUAUCCGAGGUUCGAUAUAUUAGGAGUAAAAUACUUAAAGAAAAAAUGCUUGGGACUACCAAAUAGCUUUGACAUAUAUCCAUGGUAUUCAAGAAAUCCGUGUUUGAGAUACCGAAGUUCAACUGUAAUUUAAGCCUCUCAAAAAUUAUUUAUUUGUUCACUGGAGGGGGCAUUUAACUCCUUGAUCUCAAUUAUUUCUUUUGUAAUUCAUGUCAAUUCACUAUUUUCAUUAGGCAAUUUGAUAAUUUUAUACAUGCCUUAUUUGUGUUAGAAAAUUUUCCAUGUGACUUGACUACUUGAAAGUUCUGCUCAUUCUGUAUCAGAGUUUGUUUAUUUAUUGUUAACGAGAGAGGAUCAGUCAAACUGGGUAAUGUGAAGAUGUGUAUUUUAUUUUUUUAUUUUUUUUUGUGUGUGUUGUUCACAGGAAUAAUGACUUUUAGUGUUACUUUGUUAUCAUAAAUAAUGCUCUCGAAUUUUACAUUUAAAUAUUUAUUUUUACUUUGGUGUGGUCCAAGAACUUUUUUUUAAUGAUUAACAGCAGGAAUAGCAGAGUUAAAUCUUUACAUUUUUCAGUUAGCAAACUUGAAAAUUCUAAAAAAAAAAAAAAAAGUAACAAAAUGACUCUGCUGAUAAAUAUCAUUUGUCUGCUUAUGGACAUACUACAACAUAGUUUUGAACUGUAUUUUCUUAUUCUUUGUAUAAUUGGAAAAUACCAAUAAUUGAAGGCCUCUUGUAUGACUUUUAUAAUGCUUAAUAAUGCUGUUCAUAACUUCAGAAGCACAGUUUGAGGAAAUACCAGCUAUAAAAACUGUAUCUUUGUUAACUUUUUUUUAGGGAUGUCAAUUUUGUCCAUAAUUCAUAUUCGAAUAUUCGAUGAAAGUAUUCGAAUAUAUUUGAAUAUUCGAUAGAAUAAAUAAAUUCUGGUUUAUUUAAAAUAUGCAUAUCCUUCUCUCAUGAAUAGUAAAUCGUAGGUAAUCUUAUAUUGGAAGUAAAAAUGUAUGAAGACUUUUGUAGUUGUACAAUAAGGAAUUCCAUUUGAUAUUUGUCAAUGUUUGAAAUAAAAACAAAUAUUUUAUAUAGACGAUUGUCCUAGGUAAUUCAGUAAUUUCCCGAUAAUGAAUAUAAAAUUCAGGAUAACGUACAACCCUAGAUAAUCAAGUAAUUUACACAUUUAUUCUGAAACUGAGCCCUUUACAAUAUGAAUUAGACUGAUUCUAUCGGACAUUCAUUCAAUGAUCAUUUAAAGUUGUUUUGAUAAGUAGGUAUACUUUUCACAUCUUUAAGACAUUUAAAGAAGGUUUUAAUUUUGUUGUCCUCGAUUCUAGAUCCGAUCGUAUUUAACUAAUAAAAACUAUGAAUGUACGUUUUGUAUUAUACAUAAAGCAUUUAUUUAUUGUAUAAAUUUUUAACACCUUACUCAAAACAUUUUAGUAGGUCUAUAAGAUUAGAGAGUAUAGAUGGAAAUUGAUUGCUAGUAAAUUAAACAGGGAGAAUCCCAGCACUGUUCUAAUAAAAAUUUAUUAAUCACAGUACUUCUUUUUAUGAGAUCUGAACAACACCGAAUAUUCGAAUCUUAAAUUCAUAUUCGAAUAUCAACUCAUCGAAUGAAUAUUCGUUGACAUCCCUACUUUUUUGUAUAAUUUUCUUUAAAUAACACAAGGAUUUUCAUCAUUUGAUAUUUAUUCAAUAUCAUGAUAAUGUGUACUGAUUUUUUUCUAAGAACAUCUUAUUGCAGUAUGAGUUUUAUGAAAAAUAAUCAACAGGUAGAGUACAUUGUAAGGUAAAUUGUGUAUGACUUUAUAUAAUGGUACUUUAAAUGACAGGUCACAAAUCUUUACAGUUUUUAUUGGUAGGAGAUUUUUAGUGUGAACAAUGAAAGAUGUAACAAUAUGUCAAAUUUAAACAAAAACAACGUCUUCAUCUCAGAUUGGAUUUCAUUUUGAUUAAUAUUUACAAUUUUUUGUAGAAGAUGACAUAAUAUAAACCUACUGCUAAUCACAAAGUUGUAAUAUGAUGAUUUACUUUUAUAUUGGCGGAUUAAGAGUAGGAAAUUUAUAUUGUAUUUCAGAUUGAAAACUUUAUGAGAGCAAAGUAGAUAAGAAGGAAUUCAUCUUUAUUAUGCAUAACUUUACUCGGGGCUUAUAUUUGUAAUGUUAUUUUAUUUGUGAUGAAAUGGGUUUUUCUUUUUUUUGUUUAUUAUAUUUUUAAUGUGUGAAGAAUGUUUUGAUUUAGUUUUCUUUAGAAUAUACACAUAGAUUACUGAGUAUGUGUUAAAAUUGUUUUUAAGGCGCUUACUAGUCUGACAUAGUUGUGAAGAACUCACCUCUGUUUUAGAAUAUACACAGUAGAAUAUACACAGUACCUAUUUCUUUAUUCAUAUACAUAUUUAAUGCUAUUUAUAAUUCUGUUAUACCCCCUAUAAGUUAACUUUGGGGUAAAUUGAAAGCAACCUGUUUAUUUGCCCAUAUUUCUGUAUAAAUGUUUGUCCGUCACCCUGUUAACAUUUUUUUUAAUCAAAUUGUACAUUAUUUUUCUAGAAAAUCAUUGAUUAAUGCAUGUAUAUGUAAUUUUUAUGAACUCUUCAGAAUUUUAUUUUAUGUUAAACUAGUCUAUAUAAAUAAGGCACUAAGCAUUUUCAGAUUAAUAAAUCUAAUUUAUGAAAUAUUACCUAUUUUUUAGUACAAUAGUUGCUUAUGCCAACAAGUUCAUUUAACCUUGUAACUAAAGUAGCAAAGAUCAAUAGAUCAGAUGUCUGGUCAUUGCUUUGAAAUAAACUUUUAAAGGCUCA